GUUUAAAUUUUCAGUUUAAAUUAAUCCGAGUAUGCGAUUGUUAGCCUAAUCUCCCGCUGUCAAUCUAUCGCUAAUCAGUACGCGGGUCCCACUGAAUUAUUAGCUUAGAAUAUACCAAUUCUGUCGCCGUGGUAAAAUUUACUAAACUAUACCAAUUUUCCUAGUAAAAAAACAGAAAGCGGAAUUUAGUCCAACAAAGCCAGUUGCAUAUAACCAGGAUCUCCGCACACGUGUCGAUUUCGUGCCUACAGCCGUCCGAUUGAAAUUGCAGAGAGCGAGAAUUUAAUGACAUAUAUACCCCCAGAAGAUCCUAUUAAUACACUGCUCCGAGCUGCUAGCAGAAACAGAAAGUGAGAGGCUGAACUGCAAUUGCUAAUCUCUGUGAAGGAUUGCUGAUAGAAACCCUAGAUAUAGCUAUACAUUGUGUAUAAUAUAAUCAGAGAGAGUGAGAGAGAGAUCCCUGCGAGGGAAUGCAGAGAGAUGAUGAGAAUUGCGGUUUCUAACCCCCAAUUGAGCGGAGGGAGGUCGAAGAAACCACUCACCAGCGGUAGAAACUGCCACCGCAAACACGUGGAAGACGGGUGAGCUCGCCGCCGUCCACCGCCACACCUCACAUCUCUCUCUGUCUCUAUCUCUCACAUUAAAAAAUAGCAAAACUCCUUUAUUUCACUCUCUCGAAUCAACAAUCGAACAACAGCGACCAUGGGAUCGGAAGAAAAAUGCGGUGUGCUGCAUGGAAAAUACGAAUUGGGGCGGCUGCUAGGGCACGGAACGUUCGGGAAGGUGUAUAUGGCGAGAAAUCUGCAGACCAACAGGAGCGUGGCGAUGAAGGUGGUGGGGAAGGAGAAGGUGAUCCGCGUGGGGAUGAUGGAGCAAGUGAAGCGGGAGAUCUCGGUCAUGAAGCUGGUGCACCACCCCAACAUCGUCGAGCUCCACGAGGUCAUGGCGAGCAAGACCAAGAUCUACUUCGCCAUGGAGCUGGUCCGCGGCGGCGAGCUCUUCGCCAGGAUCUCCCGCGGCCGCCUGCGCGAGGACGCCGCCCGCAGCUACUUCCAGCAGUUGAUAUCGGCGAUCGACUUCUGCCACAGCCGCGGCGUCUACCACCGCGAUCUGAAGCCGGAGAACCUCCUCCUCGACGACCAGGGGAAUCUCAAGGUGACGGAUUUCGGGCUGAGCGCGCUGCCGGAUCACCUCCGCCAGGACGGCCUGCUGCAUACCACGUGCGGCACGCCGGCCUACGUGGCGCCGGAGGUGAUCGGGAGAAAGGGAUACGACGGUGCCAAGGCCGAUAUCUGGUCGUGCGGCGUCAUCCUCUUCGUGCUCCUCGCCGGUUACCUGCCGUUCCAGGACGACAACAUUAUCUCUCUGUAUCGGAAGAUCUACAGAGGCGAUUUCAAAUGCCCGCCGUGGCUGUCGCCGGAGUCGCGGAAGCUGAUCGGGCGGAUGCUGGAGCCGAAUCCGAUCGCGAGAAUCAGCAUCGCGAAGAUCAUGAGCUCGUCGUGGUUCAGGAAAUCAUCAAUGCCGGUAGCUAAAGAGAGGGAGGAGCAGGAAGACGUGGAAACAGAGACGCUGAACGCGUUCCACAUCAUCUCGCUGUCGGAGGGAUUCAAUCUGUCGCCGCUCUUCGAGGAGAAGAGGGUGGAGAGGGAGGAAUUGAGAUUCGCGACGACGAGGCCGGCAAGCAGCGUGAUAUCGAGAAUCGAGGAGGUGGCGAAGACGAGGAAUUUCAAGGUGAGGAAGACCGAUUCGUGCGUGAGGCUGCAGGGGCAGGAGAGCGGGAGGAAAGGGAAACUGGGGAUCACGGCGGAUAUAUUCGCCGUGACGCCGUCGUUCCUGGUGGUGGAGGUGAAGAAGUCGAGCGGUGACACCCUCGAGUACAAUAACUUCUGCAACACGGAGCUCCGGCCGGCGCUCAAGGACAUCGAGUGGACGUCGUCGUCGUUGCCCGCUUGAAACAUUACGCAUCGUUUCUUCAUUCCGACUAUCUUUGCUUGCGCAAACAUUAUUUUCAUUUAAGACUUUGGGUGGUGUUAAUGUUUUUUUUUUUUAAUGUUAUGAUGUCAUUUCCUAUGUACUCUAAAUUUCUUUCAAAAGGUCAAGAUUAAUUUUUUUUCUUU